AUGGAGAAAUACCGUGCACCAAAUCGUGUCAAUCUUCUACGUGCACGUGAAUAUGGUCUUGAACAAUCGUUUAUUCACAUUGAACAAACACGUCGGCUUGCUGAUUUUACUCUAUGUAAAUAUCGUGAUUUGACAAGUUAUCAUCAUUCUUCAAUAUCGACGAUGGAUCUUGAUCAAUCUGAAUAUCGUUAUCUUUUAUCCGGUGGUUCCAAUGGACACAUAUGUUGCCAUGAUAUGUUUCCUUCGAGUCUUGUCGCUACGCAUCCUAUCGUCUUUCAAAUUGAUCGAAAUACUAAUCGAGAUCAUCACACACAUAAUAUCUGUUCACUUAUUUGGUAUUCAAAUGACAAUGGAAUGUUCAUUACACUUGGUUUGGACAAGAAAUUGAAAAUAUGGGAUACUAAUCGAGUGAAACUGGUCGAUGAUUACGAAUUUAAUAACUUUGCUUACGCAGCUCAAAUACCAUCGGUAGCAGAUACAUCGAUCAUUGCAGUAGCACAUGAAAAUGGCGAUCUACGUUUGAUUGAUAUUCGAACCGGUUCUAAUUCACAUAUUAUCCAUUCUCAUACGAAAAAAGGUGUCUGUCUAAUCAAAUGGUUUAAUAAUAGUCCAUACCUAUUAGCCAGUGGAGGGGUUGAUGGCCGAGUAUUAUUUACUGACAUUCGUAGUUCUCGCAAUCAUUACAUGUCACUCGAUCGUGAUAAUAUUCUAACCGAUAAUGAUCAAGUCAAACCUCGUGCAACGACAGUAUCCUCUGUUGCUCACCAUCGCGGUGUCAAAUCUCUCGAAUUUCUACCAGAUAAUACGCAUUUGCUAACAGUCGGUGCGGAUGACUUGAUGUAUCUAUGGAAUAUCAAUAAUGGUCAACGCCUACUGGUGAAUUACGGCUUGGUACCAACGAAUAAUAUGCGUAUGUUGACAAUGGCAUGUGCACAAAUGAAACACGAUCAAACUAAAGGUCUUGUUUACGUACCAUGUGGUAAAUUCAUUCGUGUGUACGACAUUUUCUCCGGACAACGGUUGUCAACAUUGAGUGGGCAUCUGAUGCCUGUCAGUGCUUGUAUAUAUAAUCGUUCAUUAGUUGAACUGUACUCUUGUUCGGACGAUAUACUUGUUUGGGGAUCGGUGAAGAAAGAACAAGAAGAAUACGAAAUCUCCUUGAAAAAUCCUGAACGAAGACAGGAUACCACACGAUCAUUAGGACAAGUUUUGAACCGAGAUGAAUGGAGUGAUGAUGAAGAAGAGACAUAA